UAUUCUAUUAAGGAAAACUCAAAAUGGCUGAUAGAGAUUAUAAAGGUAAAGAUAAAAAUAAUUAUGUGGAAGAUGAAGAGGAGGAGCCUCCACAGCCGAUAGAACGUGUAGAUCAGGGCACACAGCGCUCGGGUCGCCGCCCAUUGCCGCCACCACGCCCCAAGCGCACCCAGGCGCCAGACGAGGAGUCGCCAACCCCUAGAGGUCGCCAUAUAAGCCUGCCGCCGACACUUAACGAGUCGCACGAUCUCGCCGCUCCAGACUCGCCUAGGCCCUCAACCCAGCCGCUCACAACAGAACAGGCGCCCCCACCGCAAAAGACGGGCAUCGCACGACUAUUUAGACGUAAACAGAUCUACGAUGGAGAUCGCGGCGAAUCAAAUACCGAGCCUGAAACUAGACGCAGAUCAAUAUCUGACAGGCAGGGUAUGAGAACAAAAGCAUCGCGCAUUCUCUACACAACCGAUGAGGAGGUGCGCGAUGCGCUCAUGGAAUUUGCCGUCUUUAUCAUAUUCCUCGUCUUAACUUCUUUGGUCACACUGUCGGUUCGUCAUCCCUACAUGUUCUAUUUCAAUGAUACUAUAAAGAAACUUUUCACAACCCGUGACAUGAUUAUAGUUCCCUCGGUCACUAUAUCAUUUGAAAAGAUCCUGACCAUACCAGACUUUUGGGAUUAUUUAGUUUAUAAUUUUUUAGUAAAUCUACACGGCGAUAUGACAGGCAUAAGUUCGGACCUUCAAGAAAUUGAAAACCCAGAUGCUCCGAUUGAAGAACCUGGAGGUGGACCUGGUGGCGGACCUGGAGGUGGUCCUGGAGGUGGACCUGGAGAUGCCGAUGAAAACACAGAUUAUAAUGAAGAAAAUCCAAAACGCAAAGUUAAACGUCAAGCAGGUCAGGGCAACACAACAAAUCUACUAGGUAGAGUCUUUUUGCAUGAGAAUCUAUUGCUAGGACCGCCCCGACUGCGGCAGAUACGUGUGCGCAAAGAUAGCUGCAAUGUUAACGAUGCCUUUAUACGUUACUUCAACACAUGCUAUGCAGAGUAUUCAUCAGCGUCGGAAGAGAUUGUAGACCAUCACAUGGGCGCCCCAUAUAGAACGAUGAAGGGCUUGGACUCGACUCCCUUAUGGACACAAUUGAAGUUCUAUCGCACUGGUGGCUAUACCGUCGACUUAUCAUUUAGUAAAGAGAAAAAUCUACGGACUAUCAAAAGAUUGAUGAAUGAAUAUUGGCUGGAUCGCGGCUCGAGGCUUUGCUUGAUCGAGUUUAAUUUAUAUAACGAAAAUACAGACAUAUUUCAGAGUGUAAAAUUUAUUGCGGAAAUACCGCCUACUGGCGGUGUCAUACCUCAGAGUCAGCUGCAGACCGUGAAAGAACUCACCUUUUUAAACGAUCGAAGUCUGUCCAUGACCUGCAUAUUUAUAUUUUGGUAUGUUAUGGUUGUAUACUACACCAUUUCGGAAAUAACUGCAGUACGCAGAAUUGGCAUUAAGAAUUAUUUCAAGUCCAUAAUGAAUAUACAGGAUUUACUUAUAUUAGUCUUCGCAUAUCUGGCUAUGAUCUAUAACGUUUGGCACAUGUUCAAGGUGAAUGCAAUUGUAGGUGCAUUGAAGGUCCAACAAAAGUACCAGAGUUUGGACACUUUAUGUUUGUGGAAUACUAUCUAUGUGGAUAUGAUGGCCAUUUUGGCAUUCCUCGUUUGGGUUAAGAUAUUUAAAUUUAUUAGUUUUAACAAGACGCUCGUGCAGUUUACAACGACAUUGAGACGCUGCUCGAAGGAUUUGGCAGGUUUCAGUCUCAUGUUCGGCAUAGUAUUUCUGGCCUAUGCCCAGCUGGGUCUGCUGCUGUUUGGCACUAAGCAUCCAGAUUUUCGCAAUUUCCUGACAUCUAUUUUGACCAUGAUACGCAUGAUUCUGGGCGACUUUCAAUACAAUCUCAUUGAGCAGGCUAACCGGGUGCUGGGACCCAUUUACUUCCUCACUUACAUUCUGCUGGUCUUCUUUAUUCUGUUGAAUAUGUUCUUGGCCAUUAUCAUGGAAACGUACAAUUCGGUAAAGAGUGAAAUAACGCAGGGUCGCAGUCAGCUGGGCGCAUAUGUGUAUAAGAAAAUUUCCGCCGUCUUCUAUAUGAUUAGGCAUUGUGGGCGCAAGCGUCAAAAUCAAGUUCUGCCACAGCCUACGGAACCCGAAGAAGAUUUAGGAACUGAUAAGGCUAACAGUCCCUACCAACCCAGGGAAAGAAUACAUUUACGUAGAAAUCUAACGGAAGCCGAGGCACACUAUUUCGCAGAUGUACCUAAUGAAGUUAUGAAUAAGGAUAUGUACCGUCUCAACAAUCGCGUUUCUUUGCUGGAGGAAAUUCUGGAACAGCUGGUUACUAAUAUGGAUGUGAUAUUGAAGCGAGUGGAAAGCGAAAUUAAGAAAAACAAAUGA